UGAAAACGACUGGCAGCGCUGCGAGACGGCUUACCCGCUGGUAAUACAGUCAGUGUUAAUGUUUUAAGUAUAGUAGUUUGAAUACUCUAUCUGCGAGCAACGGGCUUACGGUGUGUGUUAUGUGAAUGGCGACCGGCGGUAUUUCGUAACCGUCACGAAUUUAAUUUAAUAUAUAUAUUUUUUUUAUAUUCAUUUUUUUUUCCUCAAUAGUUCGUGUCAAUUUAUCGUGCCCGUGCUCUAUUCGUGAUCGACUAUCAUAUUUGUUCAAUUGGGUAAAUAUUUUUUUUCAUGUAACGCGCGUGCUGUGAUCAUAUACUCCGGUGCAUGUCGCACUCGUCAUUAACACUUUUUGUUAUUGAUUUCGGUAAUUACUGCCAUCGUGUUUGCUGUCGUGCUGUCGUUUCGAUUUCUUUGCCACCGAAGGGUCUACCUUAACUAUCACGACCGUUUGCUGGCCGCCAUACGGGCAGCUGAUACCUUUUUGCUACCUCUAGGCGCAUAGCAGCUGCCGCCGUAAAAAGAAGAAAAAGAACCAAACUGACUACACAGCAGCAGCAGCGAUUGAACACAAUAAUAUAGCACAACAUGUCGGCCGAAGAAUGUAGUCGACGUCUUCCGCAGAAAUCCGGCAAGAGGCGAUCGACGAUUGUUUGCACUGUAUGGAUGUUCGUCUUACUGGCACUGAUAUCAAUCGACAAAGUUCACUGCCGACCGAAUCAAGUAGGCAACGGAGAUCAAAAUCUAAACGACGACGAGGGAUACUUGGCCGACAGUGAUAACACUACUAACGAUGAAGACGAAGACGGUACAAUUGGAGGCGGUGGAAAUCAACAACCAUCAGUACCACCGACCAUACUGACCACUGGACUUAACAUAGAAGCUACAGAAGGCACGACUGUGAAAUUACCAUGCAAAUUGAACUAUGAUUCCGAUACUGUCGCUACGUUGUGGGUCAACAACAAUAAAACUUUAUGCACUGAACAACACUGUUUUAUGUUCAAUAAUAACCGAAUAAAGGCGUUCAAGCCUCCAAAUGAAUAUGGAUACACUCUGGUUAUAGAAUCUGUCACUCCCGAUGACGCCGGAGAAUAUUCGUGUCAGUUAAGCGUACCGGAAAAAACAAAUAUAACUCAUACACUCCGCGUUACCCAGCCAGCACGUAUUACAGAAAUAGAUCCUAAAGUUACUAGCAAAUUGGAAAGAAUGAAGGGUGAUCCGUUGUACCUUCAAUGUAUGGCUACUGGAAAACCUGACCCAACUAUUAUCUGGACCAAAUCCAAUAAGAAAACUCUUGUUGCCACCAACGAAAACGACAACACUACUAUCAUUAUCUCUAAUGGACCUGAAGUCCGGAUCGAGUCAUUGAUGCCAUCCGACGCCGGUUUCUAUGAGUGCAAAACUGAGAACAGUCACAGUGCUGACCGAAAAGGUUUUCCAUUGGAAGUUAAUUAUAAACCUGAAAUUGAAGUGCCAAAAACAAUUGUUAACACAGGAGAAACUUACACUGCCACCUUGGCUUGCAUCGUUCAUUCAUUCCCAAAACCUAGGGUGUCUUGGCUCAAGAAUGAUCAACCUAUCGAGGUAAUUGGAACGAGGGUUAAUUCAAAGUAUGAAGAUUCGAGAGAGUCCGGCACAAACACUUACAAGUUGAUAAUCAAGCAUAUUAAUUCUGCCGAAGAUUUUGCCAUUUAUAGAUGCCGCGCUGAGAACAAGCACGGAUUUGUCGUAGGAGACCCAAUCUUAGUAACCGGUUCUCCGGCCAAACCGGUAAUGGCUGAAACAAAGGCAGUGGAUACCAACGAAGUCACAUCGAUUGCGGGCCGCAGUACACAAGUCAUUUGGGUUGUCGAUAGCUGGUCACCAGUGUUGGAAUACCAAGUGGAAUAUAAACGACAACAAGAUGAUAAGUGGAAGGCUUUUGAACAUCAGCCUCAAGUGCACGAUCCCGAAAAUCCGUCCACCGACGAACUUAAGUACCGCAUUAACUACACGUUCACUAUGGCCGAUUCGGCUACUUAUGUAGCCAGAGCCCGUGCCCGAAACGAAAAGGGUUGGUCCGAAUGGUCAAACGAUGCCAUUUUUUCGGGUGGUAUGGAAGACCCAAAUGCCAACGAAAUACCAAACCAAAACGGCGAUAAAGUUAUAAAAGCGUCGACUUCAGAUACAGCAUCGUCAACGAGUUAUUCAGCUGUUAAUGUUUGCCUAACGAUGGCGUUUGCUCUUUAUGUGGCCCGACACCUAGGAACCAACAACGCGUGUUGAACACUUAAACACCAUUUACCAGUAAUAGUAUAGGUUAACAAUCUUUGACAGCUCCUGAUAUACUGUAUUAUUAUAUUUUACAUGUUAUGGAAAAUAGGCAGAGUAGUACUUGUAAGACCAUUAAUUGUAAUAAUAAAACCAAAGUAUCUUUAACGCGUCAUCCACGAAUGCCGUUCUAUUGUAACUUGUUCUCGCUAUUAUUAUUAUUUUUAUUAUUAUGAUUAUUAAAUGUAAUGUUUUUUUUUUAUUUAUUUGAUAAAGUCAUCGUAUUGCUGUUUAAAUUAUUACUUAAGCUAUGAAAUUGUCCAAAUGUGUUCCAUAUAUAAGAUACAUAAAGAUUUCAAGAAGAAUAUGCGAACUACUAGUUGCUUAGCUUUAUUUUAUGUAGCCUAUGCAUCAUAUAAAUUAUAGAUAAAUUUAUUAAAUUUUACAAAUUGUAAUUGACACCAGUAAGUGCCUCGAUUUAUUAAAAUGCUUUAUAAAUUAUUUUUAUAAAAAACACUCGACUAUUGGAACGACGAGCUUAUAAAAAUGUAUUUUAUAUAAUGAAAUUAUAAUGUUAUAUUUUUAAAGCUUUUUACAAUAUUAUAAGUAUUUUUUAAACUUCAUUCUAAAAUAGCUUAAAAUGAAACGCACAACAAUAUUGAAGUUAUACCGCAAGUUAUGUAUAAUUAUAUAGUUGUAAAAUUUUUAUUUUAUAUGUAAAAGAUAAUCAAAAUUAAUUAUCAAAAUGUAUGAUGCUUUAAUGUUGUAUAUUAGCGUUGAUUACAUGUUUUUAUGGAUAUGUACUGGAAUUUAUUAGUUAUGCUAUUUACAAUUAGUUUAAUAUGUUUUAUUAUUAUGUAACUUAUAUAUAAUAUGUAAAAUUUUGGUUCUAUUUUUUAGUUUAAGUGUGAUUUUUUUUUUUUUUUUGCUAUGAUAUACAAAAAUUAUAUCGCCAAAAUUUACUACUAUCUAGUUACUACUAUUAUACAACAUUUGUGUAUAUCAUAAUAUUUGCGUUAUUACUAUCAUUAUAUUGGAUAUCUUAACUACAUAGUUACUGUAUUCAAAUUAUGUCGACAGGAACGUUGAAUAUAUAAAUAAAACUUUUAACAAAUACUUCA